AAAGCUCUUGCAACGCUACUAAAACUUUAAAGUAUUAUUUUUAUUAUUUUUGCACUAUAUAAGACACAUUUGUUGCAGUUUCUAGUCAAAAGCAGCAAGUAAAACAAGAAAAUUCUCAAGUUUAAAAGAAAGCUUUUAUUUCAUUAUUCGUAAUUCGGCAAUCUCCAUUAAACAGGAUCCUCGAUUUAACAAAAAUGAAGAUCCAUGUUGGUGCUCUUCUCCUCACUGUAGCGAUUUUCAUCAGUUUUAUUGAAUUAAGUUCGCAGUACAAUGACGAAGUUCUUGAGGCAGACACAUGGACUCUUUUAGAUAAUCUGGGUAUUUUUUUUAAUGUAACCAAUGAUUUAGAUAUACUGGUAAGUGAUGGACACAAUCAAAAAAUUUUCGGGCUAAUAGACGAUGUUGAUAAUAAACUAAUUUGCGCAUUAGAAAAAUAUAUGGAUGAUUAUUGGGUGCGUGCAUUAAUGGUAGGGGACAAACAAGUUAAGGCGGAUGGAAGCAACACUUAUGAGUGGACUCAAGCUGACACAGAUUUAUAUCAACUCGAUUUUGGCAAAAUCCUGAAUAACACGGUUUAUUGGUGACAAAAAGAAAUCUGGCACAACAGCAGCGCCACCUACUGUGCAGCAGUUUUGAAUAGGCUUGGCACAGUUGUUAUACCGACUUUGGCACAGCGGACGCCUUAAACUAACUCUCCUAAAUAGAGCCUGUCGUAUUGAUGCGCAUGCGUGAAUAAUCGCUUUUUAGUGGCUCUGCUUGACGCAUGCGCAGUAGUGCACCGGACUAUCUUCGGAAACACUUAGCUAAACGGCGCAGAAAAUAAGCUAAACGAAGGAACAACAUUGAUCCCAACGUUUAGCACAACUUCUGUUACAAGUACCUAUAACUGAUGUUAAGAAAUUCUUUCCGUGCGCUACGUUCUUAGUUUUUUAUUUAAAUUAUAACAUUCGGACAUUAUUUUCUCUAGCUUUCUUCUAAAUUAAUUUUCUAUUCUUAAGUUCAAAAUGUUCUAUAAUUUGGUGUGUAUUGUGCAAUGAAUUUCUGAAAUAAGUUUUCACUUUACCAAACUCAUAUAAAAUUAAGCAAUAAAACAUAAGUUCAUUGAAAAAUAAACAUCUACAGAUUAAACCUUAUUGCCAAAUGAUUAUAAAAAGGUGGAAAUUUGCUCUAAAAGUGCACUACACACGACGCACGGAAUUAUAUAAUCAAUUGAAAGUUAUUGUAAUUUCUUUUCAUUUUACCGUUCUUGUUAGCCAUAAAUCUAAAGUAUAUUUUUUAAAUAAAGCAUUUUCUGAUCUGAAAAAUUCAAUUUCAUUAUAAAUAAAUUUUCCGACUAAAUCACGUGAAACCGACUUUUUUUGAUUAGAUGUAACUUUUCUUCGAGUGUAUAAUUGCAACUAGUAAUCGUUUUGGUGUAAAUUAGUUUUAACAUUUUUAUUCGACUUCGCCUGAAAUAUAAUAUUUUGUAAUGAGAAAAAUGUACUUGUGUAUUAAAGAAAUAAACAUAUUUCAUAUAACA